AUGGCUGAUCGUUUGAAAUCGAUAAUGGAACAUGCCCCGGCUUGCAACGCUGCAGAGGAGCCUUCUGUUCUGGAAAACGUCCCUGGGUAUGGAUCUGUCCUAAAGCAGACCAGAUCUUUUCUUGACCGGCGGACACGACGGUCUCCAUAUCGACCAGAAACAGCUAGACUUUACUCACAUCGGCAGAGAGAUGGGCUGAUUAUCCCUCUAUCGAGCGGCCCUGAUCAAGCCACUAGCCCAUCUACUAACACCCCCAAGUCCAACAGGCCCAGCUCAGCAGCAUCUGUUUUGCCCCCUGAUGUCGAGGCCUCUCUUACCUGUCUCCUUGCAGCUGCCAAGUCUUUCAGUACAGUUAUGACACACUAUGACAUUAACGACCUGACCAGAAUUCGCGAGGCUUCUGCGAGCUUCAAGGAUAUUAAGCAUGAGGACAUAAGCACUGGUGCCUUAUACAAGCGACAUAUGGAGACCACACGUGACCUUUCUCUGUCCAAUUUGUAUCCCACAAAAUGUUCUGCAAACUCAGACGGCAAGCUAAGUUUGAGUCGUCCAACACAUACUUUUAGCUUACUACGGGCAUCUAGUAAGUACCAUGCCGAUAACAAAAGCCAUACACAAUUGGAAGCCCUACAAUAUGAGAUUGAUCAAUCCACAAAGAAGUGUAAGAGCGACUUUCAAGCGUUAGUACUGCCCACAGACAAGACCGAAAUAGAAAGCCGGCACUUUCCGGCCAUAAGUUUUUCCUUGACAAGUGCCUCAUCCACAGAAGCGUCAGAUAUGGCCAAAAUGGAACGGCUAGGCACCUUGCUCCUAUCUGAGCGUGUACCAGCCAUUAUUUUGGGAAGACAUGACUUCUCACUCGCACGGAAAUUGGUUGCCCUUGAGCUGGAUACUGUUUCCAUGGACUGCCAGAUCCUAAUUUAUACACUGAAAACACAGACAAAGAUGGGCUCCGUUAAACUCUAUGAGGUGGUAACCCCCCAGCGAGCGUUAAAUGACACCAGUAUAGAUUUACUGGGCACAUAUGGCGUAUCACUCUUCGAUCUUAACGUCAUGAAAACACCUGACAUGACUGAGCUCAUAGAGUUUAAAGGGUCGGGCUCUAUGUUUGCUCUCCUGCUCUCUGGACAACAUGCCAGAUUGUUACUUACUAUGCUUGAUAAGGUUCUAGUUAAAUAG